ACGGUUCUCUUUGAACACGUUAACGUAGUGAAUCAUGUCUGGAAGAGGCAAAACCGGCGGAAAAACCCGUGCCAAGGCCAAGACUCGCUCAUCCAGAGCCGGACUGCAGUUCCCCGUUGGCCGAGUCCACAGGCUCCUCCGUAAAGGAAACUACGCUGAGCGCGUUGGUGCCGGCGCUCCGGUCUACUUGGCCGCUGUGCUGGAGUAUCUGACUGCUGAGAUUCUGGAGUUGGCUGGUAACGCCGCCCGCGACAACAAGAAGACCCGUAUCAUUCCCCGGCACCUGCAGCUUGCCGUGCGUAACGAUGAGGAGCUGAACAAACUGCUCGGCGGAGUGACCAUCGCUCAGGGUGGUGUGCUGCCCAACAUCCAGGCUGUGCUUCUGCCUAAGAAGACCGAGAAGCCGGCCAAGACCAAGUAAUUUCAUCCACUGCUGCGUUUCAGUAUCCAAAGGCUCUUUUAAGAGCCACCCAAUUUUC